CAGCGUGCACGCGAUGUGUCGGGCCAUGAUUCUAGGUUAGAAAAUUCGCGAGUGCGAAAGAAACGUGCGCGCGCGUGCGUGCGUUCUUCGACUCCGUUCCAAGGAGGAAGUCUCGUACUUUUCUCUCGGGGCACUUAUCUCCUAUAGAAAGAUAAGACGACAGAUAAAUGUCGAGGAAAUAAGGCUGAACUUUAAUCGAUGCCGAGCAUUGUCUUCUUUCGGAAAAGGAGGCGAUAAGGAAAAAAUCAAAACCGUGCCUCGCUGUGUUGUCGUCGAGCAACGCUUGUGUGUGUGCAUCGAGUUCUUAUAAAAUCGGCAUUGUUACGCCAAGCUAUUACGCAUACGGGACUGACUACGUUGGACUUUCUUGGGGAUUUUGGAGGGAUACGUGCCGAGCCUUUAUUCUAAAUUUCCAGGACGAAACUGUCUGCCCUCGUCCAUAAACAAAAUGUCGAUUAUAAUUCAAUACGUGGACCGGUUCCACGAAAUCUUGGACAAACACGCAGACGCACGAACGACGAACUGGCUAUUGAUGAGAUCUCCCUUUCCAACUCUAUUCAUAUGUCUUACUUAUGUAUACAUCGUCAAAGUUUUGGGACCAAAGCUGAUGGAAAAUCGAAAGCCCUUUCAACUGACGAACGUUCUCAUAAUUUAUAAUUUGUUCCAAGUGAUCUUUUCGGCGUGGCUCUUCCACGAGUGCCUGAUGGGUGGAUGGUGGAGCCACUAUAGUUUCCAUUGUCAGCCUGUGGAUUAUUCGAACAGCCCGACCGCAAUAAAGAUAGGAAUGUCCGGAUGGCUGACUGGAGAGUAUUCUUUAAAGUGUCAACCUGUAGACUACAGUGAACGACCCAAAGUACUAAGGAUGGUGCAUGCCUGUUGGUGGUAUUACUUUUCGAAAUUUACGGAGUUCAUGGAUACGAUCUUUUUUGUACUGAGAAAAAAAAACAACCAUGUGUCGGCGCUUCAUGUUAUCCAUCACGGCUGCAUGCCAAUGUCCGUCUGGUUUGGCGUUAAAUUCACUCCUGGCGGUCACUCAACCUUCUUUGGAUUACUCAACACCUUCGUACACAUUGUCAUGUACACGUACUAUCUACUCGCCGCUCUAGGGCCAAGAAUACAGCCUUACCUCUGGUGGAAAAAGUAUCUUACGGCCUUGCAAAUGAUCCAAUUCGUAUUAAUAAUGAUACACGCCUUCCAAUUGCUCUUCAUCGACUGCGAUUAUCCGAAAGCCUUCGUCUGGUCGAUCGGCAUGCAUGCCAUUAUGUUCUUCUUCCUCUUCAACAAGUUCUAUCAGCAAAAUUAUCAACAAAAGAAGACUAUUAAAAAGAUGACAAGUAAUGGUAUUGCAAAUGACAAAGCGAACAGCGUCAUCUCAAAUGGCAAUAUCACCAGCAACGGCACGAUAAGAAGGGAUGCUGCGGAUUAUUACGUUAAAGGAGAGAGUUUAGCAGCGACGGAAUUCAACCUUCGAAAAGGUUAUCUUCUGAACGAGUGACCCAAGCAAAAAAUUCAUCGUCGUUGUUCUUCCUCUUCUUUGCCACCAAAUGCCUUCAAGUCACAUCGAGAGCUCGUUAAAAUGAUAACCGCAACGUGGAUCUCUCCUCUUUGGCUCAUCCAUCUUUCUCAUUUGAUAUUUAACACUUUUUUUUUUUUAUCUCUCCAAACCUUGCCCCGUUCUUUAAACUUUCACUUCCUCUUCCUUGCCUUUAUAGGUAUUAUUCGACCAAAAUUCGCUUCUUUAUCCUCUUUCCCCUUUAUCCCGUUCGAAAGGUAUAUACGUAUAUCGUUGGAUGACACGUGUCUUUUUAAAAAAGAGGAGAUUAAAGGGAAGCGCGCGUCAGGGCAGUCUUGUGUACAACAAAAGCACAUGCUUACAAGUACGUAAUCGAUAACGACGAUUUCGUUUCGUGAUAUCGUCUCUCUUGGGAUUUCUUUUCUUUCUUUCUAUAAAUCAAAUGAUAAUAAUUAAUCGAUACGUUUAAGAUACGCGUUUCCGUAUCUUGGAAAUACUUUACCGCAAAACUCUCGCUAUCGAAGGAAUCGUGACGGUGGAAGGAAAUCCUCUUAGAGAUCGGUUAACUUUCUUAUUCCAUCGUUCUUUUUACUCAUUUCCUCGUUGCAUUCCAUAAGAUUUGCGAUGUGAAUAUUAUUAUUUCGACUUGCUCGAACGAAUAGCUUCGUGAGAAUAUCUAACUUGUUAAAGUGGAAUAUAUAUAGGCGAGCUCGCGAUGCGUCUAAUGUUGUACAUAAUAAAUUGAACGGGCAGUAAUGUUAAACGAUGAGGAACAAUGCAACCGUAAGCGUAACGACUUGUGUUGUGUCUCGCGCGUCCACGUGUAUCUCUGCUGUCUCUGUGUGUGUGUGUAUGUGUGUGUGUGUGUGUGUGUGUUUGUGUGUUUGUGUGUGUGUGUGGAAAAGAAUGCGUGCGUGCGUGAAUGCCAUGACGUCGCGCAAAGCGAAGGAAAACGUGGUCUCGAUGAUGUUUUUCAAAAAAGGAAAAAAAAAGAAAAAGAAAGACAUACGUAUAUGUGUGCGUGCAUGAAUGUUUGUGCGUAUAUAUGUAUAUUCUAAGGACGAUCGUAAUCGUACUCCUGGUUACUCGUUUACCAGCUCGUUCGAUUUUUCGAUUUCAUUUUUAUUCGCAUUACAUUAAAUUACGACCACCAAUUUCACUCGCUUUGGAUGUCUCUCGUACAACCCUGUAUAUAGAUAGAUUAGUUUUGUAUUAUCUAGAAAGAUCGAGGUAUAUGAUGCUAUGCCGUCAAUACACCACUAAUGAAAUGAUAUAUACAUGUGUGUGUGUGUGUGUGUGUGUACACGUGUUUGUGUGUGUGUGUGUGUGCGUGCGUGCGGCGUGUGCGUGCGCGCGCGCGUGCGUGAGAACGAAUUAAAGGGAAUGAUAAUGCGAUUACUUCCUCGAAAAUAUAAUCUUUGGAGAUAGUUAAUAAGCGCACGAUAAUCAUAAUUAAUGUGCGCGUGCAUAUUUGUGUGUACAAAUGUUAACACUCGUCGAGAUCAAAGAAAUAUUGUUUUACAUAUUUGCGGCUAUGUACAUAAGGAUUCUUCGAUAAUGCGCCCUCUACAAUAUCUUUUGAAAAGAUAAUUUUAUUAUUACUUUCUCUUUCUCUCUGCCCAAAAAUGAUCAUUUGUUCGGUCCCCCUCUCGUUACAUUUGAACGAGAUUAAGAUCUCUAUUAAAAGGAAAGAAAAUAAUAAUAAGGAGAAGCUGCUAAUUAUUCUUCUUUCUAUCGGCAGGGAGUUUGAAGUUGUAUCAUUAUAAAUAUUCCUCCGCAUUCAAAAGCCGACUUAUUGUAUCACACGUGAAUACUGCCUAGUUUGUAUUUGAAAUAUUCAGUCGAAUCGGGGUGGGUUAAUAAAGUAGGAGAGAAUUGUACAAUAUUAUAUUCUUAUAUAGGGGUAUGUUUUAUAGUCAAGUUUAUGAAUUUGUGGUGAGUCCGUUUGCGACACAUGAUGUAUUUUUGUUAAUAAUAAAAUACUAUGCAUUAU